AUGGGUAGGGAGGACAAGGCUUCUUGGAAAUCCAACUAUUUUACCAAGAUUAUUCAACUCCUGGAUGAGUAUCCUAAAUGUUUUAUUGUUGGGGCAGACAAUGUCGGUUCCACUCAAAUGCAGCAGAUUCGUAUCUCUCUGCGAGGGCACAGCAUUGUGCUCAUGGGCAAAAACACCAUGAUGCGUAAGGCUAUAAAAGACCAUUUGGAGGCUAACCCUGCAUUGGAACAGCUUUUGCCCCACAUUAAGGGAAAUGUCGGUUUUGUAUUUACCCGUGGAGAUCUUGUUGAGGUUCGUGAUAAGUUGCUUGAGAACAAGGUGCGUGCCCCUGCCAGGCCUGGAGCCAUUGCUCCAUUGGAGGUCAUCAUUCCCGCACACAACACUGGUCUGGGUCCUGAGAAGACUGCUUUCUUCCAGGCCCUUUCCAUCCCCACUAAAAUUUCUAAGGGUACUAUUGAAAUCAUCAAUGAUGUGCACAUUUUAAAGCCUGGUGACAAGGUUGGAGCUUCUGAAGCUACCCUUCUGAACAUGUUGAACAUCUCUCCAUUCUCAUAUGGUCUUGUUGUAAAGCAGGUCUAUGACUCUGGCACCAUCUUUGCCCCAUCUAUUUUGGACAUCAAGCCAGAAGAUCUCCGUGCCAAAUUCAUGGCUGGAGUUGCUAAUGUGGCUGCUGUGUCUCUGUCCAUUGGCUACCCAACUGUGGCCUCCGCUCCUCACUCCAUCGCCAAUGGAUUCAAGAACUUACUUGCUAUUGCUGCUGUUACUGAUGUUGAAUUCAAGGAAGCUACUACCAUCAAGGAGUUCAUCAAGGACCCAAGCAAAUUCAUAGCAACAGUUACGGUCGCCGCUCCGGCCGCAGCCGCGCCAGCUGCCAAGAAGGAAGAGGCCAAGGAAGAGAAGGAAGAUUCCGCGAGUGACGAUGACAUGGGCUUCGGUCUCUUUGACUAA